AUACCUACUCACUACUGCCGUACCGUACAAAGUACGCUACACGCAUAUACUUACACUGUGUAGGCGUCUUAUCCACGCGAGAGAGAGAGAGAGAGAGAGAGAGAGAGAGAGAGAGAGAGAGCGAGAGCAAUGGCAAUCUAAUUAGGUGACGUUAAGCAGUCUCGGAUUUGUUUUUGCUCAGUUAUUCGGCAGGAGGCCGUGGGCCUGAAGUCUCGAAAUGGCUCUUCGCAAAGUUAAGGGAAAUUUCGAGCGGAUGUUCGACAAGAACCUCACGGAUCUUGUCCGCGGCAUCAGGAACAACAAGGAGAACGAGGCAAAAUAUAUAGCACAAUGUAUGGAAGAAAUCAAACUAGAACUGAGACAAGACAAUACUGCAGUCAAAGCAAAUGCAGUUGCAAAGCUCACAUAUUUGCAAAUGCUUGGCUAUGACAUCAGCUGGGCUGGAUUCAAUAUCAUAGAAGUCAUGUCAUCUUCAAAAUUCACUUUCAAGAGGAUUGGAUACUUGGCUGCUAGUCAAAGCUUUCACUUGGAAUCUGAGUUGCUGAUGUUAACAACCAAUAUGAUACGCAAAGAUCUAAACAGUUCUAAUCAAUAUGAUGCUGGUCUAGCUUUAAGUGGUUUAUCAUGUUUUGUUAAUCAAGAUCUAGCUAGAGAUUUGGUUAAUGAUAUAAUGACUUUAUUAACGUCAACAAAACCUUACUUGCGAAAGAAGGCAGUUUUGAUGAUGUACAAAGUGUUCCUUAGAUUCCCAGAGGCACUAAGGCCAGCAUUUCCUAGAUUAAAGGAAAAGCUGGAAGAUCCAGAUAGUGGAGUGCAAUCUGCAGCUGUCAAUGUGGUUUGUGAAUUAGCUAGGAAAAAUCCAAAAAACUACUUGAGUUUAGCACCAGUGUUUUUUAAAUUAAUGACCACGUCCACGAAUAAUUGGAUGCUCAUCAAAAUCAUCAAAUUGUUCUCAACAAUAACGCUGAUCGAGCCAAAAAUGGGCCGGCGAUUGACUCAGCCCCUAAUUGACCUGAUAUCAAGCACAUCAGCUAUGUCUUUACUCUAUGAAUGCAUCAAUACAGUCAUAGCGGUAUUAAUUUCAAUAUCGUCAGGUAUGCCAAAUCAUUCUGACUCAAUUCAAUUAUGUGUACAAAAAUUAAGGAUACUCAUUGAGGAUUCGGAUCAAAAUCUUAAAUAUCUUGGAUUACUGGCAAUGUCUAAAAUUUUAAAAACUCAUCCAAAAAGUGUACAGGCACAUAAGGAUCUGAUAAUGCAAUGUCUUGAUGAUAAAGAUGAAAGUAUAAGGCUACGAGCAUUAGAUUUACUCUAUGGUAUGGUGUCUAAGAAGAAUUUAAUUGAGAUUGUUAGGAAAUUAAUGGUACACAUGGACAAAGCUGAAGGUACAACUUACAGAGACGAGUUGCUAUCGAAGAUUAUUCAAAUAUGCUCUCAAAAUAGUUAUCAAUUCAUUACUUGUUUCGAAUGGUACAUAUCGGUUCUUGUUGAAUUAACGCGAAUGGAAGGAACUAAGCAUGGCCAAUUGAUAGCAACACAAUUAUUAGAUGUCGCGAUUCGUGUACAGGCUAUAAGAAAAUAUGCGGUGCAACAGUGUGCAAUACUACUUGAAAAUGCAUGUCUUCUAACAGGUCAGCCAAGAGCAACAAUGUCUGAGGUGCUUUAUGCAGCAGCAUGGAUAUGUGGUGAAUUCUCCAGUGAGUUGGAAGAUCCAAUGGCAACAUUGCAAUCCAUGCUUAAACCACAGGUGUCAAGUUUGCCUGGUCAUAUACAAGCUGUUUACGUCCAUAAUAUUUUAAAAUUAAUAACUGCUAUUUUAAUUAAACACGAUGAGACUGAUGAAGAUGUGAUGCAGCAGAUUGCUAACCUAAAAGAAAAAUUAUUGAUGUUUGUAUGUAGUAGUGAUUUAGAAGUUCAAGAAAGAUCAAGUUCUGCUAUAGCUUUACUCGAAUGCUUGAUUGAGAAUCCAAGCUUAGCUAAAGAAAUAUCUGAGGCUUUUGUUGGGGAAUUGAAUCCCGUUGCUCCGAAAGCUCAAAGAAAGGUGCCAAUACCAGAAGAUUUGGAUCUUGAUGCAUGGAUCAAUGAUCCUCCUUCUGAAAGUUCAGAUUCCGAAGAUAUGGAUAUGAACGAUAUUUUCAUUAAAACCGAAAAAUUUAACGAUAAUUAUAACAAGCGUCCAUCAUAUGAACCUACCGCGGAAGAGUUAGAAAUAAGACGUGAAGCAAGAAAAUUAGAACAACAAAAUAAUCCACAUUACUUGAAAAACUCUACAGUUCCAAAUAAGAAAAUUUCAUUUUACGAUAAACCUGGUAAUGAUGAAGACUUUGAAAACAUUCCCAUCACCCAAUUGGAUAUUCCGAUAUCGUUAAAAGUGACAAAUCCCAUCAAUAAAUAUUACGAUAUGAAUCGAGUCGACGAAUCAGAUAGAAAGCGUCACAAAAAGACGAGCAAGAAGAAGAAAUCUAAGAAGAACAAAAAAUCGAGUAGUUCCGAGGACGAUGACGACUCGUAUCCGAUUCAGCUUGUAAAUAAAGGAAUCGGCGAAUUGCCACCGGGAGCUGCUCUAAGUGAUAGCGACAAUGACGACACGAAAGAUGUUAAUGAUCCUCAUCGAGCUCUAAAUAUUGAUCUUGAUAUGCCUCUACGAGAGGACGAACGUUUACCUACAGUACAGCAUCGAUUACCGGAUGUCCAUAUAAUUCAAGAUACUCCUAAUAAGACUGUUAAAAAAUCAGAAAAAAGUCACAAAAAACAAAAGAAAAAAAGUAGCACUAAGGAACGCAAGAACAAAAGCGAAUCGAAAAGUAAUCAAGAUGUUGAUUUACUGAAAGUUGUUGAGUCAGAAGACGAAGAAAAAACGGAAAAACCUGUUGUAGAAGAGAAAACCGUCGAAAGCAAAAAAUCCAAACGCAAGAAAGUAAAGAAUACAAGCCAAGAGAAAGAGGAUAACGCAAACUAUGAAAAAAUCGGUAAGAAGUUAAAAAAAGGCAAGAGUAAGAAAAAUAAGGGAAACCAAGAUUACGAAGAAACUGCCGGAAUUUCCACACCCUCUAAAGAAAUUUUGCCAAGUAGAGAACUCAACUUUGAUACCACUGAAACUAAUGUUUGUAAUCAACCACCACCAGCUUCUUGUAAAGAGUUGGCUCAAGAUAAGACUGUAAUAGUGCUUUAUGAAAUCAAACAAUUAGAGCACGACACGAGUAAAAUAAUUUUAUUAAUUUCGUUUAUAAAUAAAUCGGACAGAAUAGUAAAGGAAUUGGUUUUUAACGUUAUGGAUAGUGCAGCUUUAAAACUAGAACGAAGGCUAAAAGAUGAAGAUGGAGUUAAAAUGAAUUUCCAACUACUACCUUCAAGUUCUAGUGAAGCACAUGUUGGAAUUUUAGUGUCCGAUGUAACUUUUGCCCAGAAGCUUCGGGGUACUUUAACGUACAUGGUACAGGGCUCUAACGACACAAUUCACGAAAAACUGGAUUUCACUUUACGUUUACCAUGCAGCAGUUUUAUCGUUGGUCGGAUUUCGCAUAACGACAUCCUUACCGAGUUAUUAAAAAGUGGUCAACUUUUACACAAGUUGAGAAACGAAGUCACAGCUUGCAAAGAUUUCGAAGGCGUUUUGAAGAACAUUUGCGCUGGAUGCAAUCUCACAUUAGUUGAACACAUAGAUGACACGGCUUCAUUGUAUGGACAAUCCCUUAAGGGACACCAUGUCUGCCUUUUAAUAAAACAAAAUUCGACAACAAAUACACUGGUGAUUGAGGGUAAAAGUGAUAAUAAUUCACUACUUUCUGAAAUUCUGAAUGAAAUAACAAAAAUGUUAACAUGAGGAUAAUAAGAAAGUAGAUGUUUGUUAUGGUUUAUUAUAUACAAAGUCUUAAUAUGGAAAACAACUAACAUCGGGCAUAUUUUUGCUGUAGAAUAAACAACUUUUUUAAUAUAUAUAUUAUAAAUAUACAUAUACUGAUGACCAUUGAACUGAUGUGAGGAAACAUGUAAAAUACGGUGUUAAACUGUAGACGAUAUUUUUUCGUCGUCAUAAGAAAGUAUUUCUUUGCGAUAUGUCCUUAUUCAAAAGUUCCAUUCCAUUAACAUAAAUACGCCUGAUGGUCAAUACUGUGCAUAUAUUAUUUGUUAAAUACGUAAUAACGUUUGUGGGCUCCUGCAAUUACAAGAAACUUUUGCAAGAAUGAGUUUCAUAAAAAAUCUUUCGAAAACGGAUAUGUGAAAAAGAACACGAUUGAAUUGUUACCGAGAAAGCAGAUGGUUAUUGAAAGAGAGACAAUGGAUUAAUGAACAAAUAAAUUUUUAUUGAAUAUGUGCUGUGCAGUAUUCGUAAUUAUUUGUUGCGAAAAAUGUGAAAAAUAAUAUUUGCUUUACGUCUGACACGUCGGAUGCCAACGUGAUGAGAUUUAUUUUUUGUAAUUUGUAUUUAUUGGGUAUGAUUCCGUAGGAAUUUCAUUUUGUUAAAUAAAUAAUUAACAAGUUAAACAUUUCAACGAAUUUCUUAUAAGUUGCUUUAAUAAUCUUAGUUUAAGUUUUUAGUCGAUUUUAAUCGAUACGUUUAACUCUUUAUUUUAAUUGACAAAAAGAUUUUAUUGAUUUAUUGCAUGUAUAAACUCAUUAAUAUGUAUCCGCAUAAUAUAGAAAUAUGUUUAUUGUGAUGAAAUUAUGAAUUUCGUUACAAAAGGCCAAUACUAUUUUUUAAAUAAUUAUGAAAGGAACAAUGAAAAUAAAAUUAAAAUAUCGAAA